CUGCUCUAAAACAGAAGAAGAAGAAUCUCAGCGUCAACAAGCAAGAUGGCGGCGUUGGAGGCAGAAACAAACCCAGAAACAGGCAAACUGGAGUUUUCUCUGGAUGUUCCCUUCCCGUCCUCUCGAGAGGCGACCAUCGCUCUGCGAUCGCUGUCUCCGGACCGAGAGCCGAGGCGAGGAGGCAUCAGUAAAGAUCUCAGAGUGUCCGGCAGCACGCUGUCUGUGAGGUGGAGUGCAGACGAAGCUCGGAUCCUCAGAGUGUCUGUGAACUCGUUUCUGGAUCAUCUGUCGCUGGUGUUGGAGACCAUGGAAAUGUUUGGUCCGGCUCAGUGAAGAGACCUGGUUCAGGACUGGACUGAUCUGGUCUAACUCUGGAGGACAAACAGAAACUCUGAGGAUUGGACGUCUGUAUGAUUGUCCUGUUUUUAAACAGACAAUCUAAAUUUCUGUCUUACAUGGGACUGGGCUUUUUCUGUGGUUUGUUUUUUAUUAAAAUAUUCUGUGUGAAACUAAAA